AAAAUUUUACACUUGUUUUUGAUGAUGAUAAUGACUCUUUGUUUAUUGUAGAUUUAUAUCUAGAUAAUCAGCCAGUAACAGAAACAAGUACUAGAGACAUAGCAGAAACUAGUGCUAGAAUUAAACGACUUAAUAGACUUCUUAUUCAUUGGAUUAUUUGUGAUCAACAGGCUUUCCAGGUUGUAGAAAAUGAAGAUUUUCGCAAAUUAAUUUUAGUACUUGAUCCACGAGUUAAAGUUGCAAUGACUGUUGAUACUUGGUUUGCUUGUACCAACCAGGCUUACCUUUCUAUUACAUUACAUUGGAUCGACAAUAAUUGGUGUAUACAAUAUAUUCUUCUCAAUUUAGUUCCUUUACAUGAACGGCAUACUGAAAUUUUUAUUGCUGAAAAUAUAAUAGAGCAAGUAGAGUAUUUUAGGCUAGGUAAACAGUUGUUGUCUUUAACUAUGGACAAUGCUGCGAAUAUGGAUGCAUAUGGUUAUUAUUUAGCAACUCUACUUGAAUCACGUUAUAAUAAUACAAAUUUUUGUAGAAUUAGAUGUGCCUCUCAUAUAUUGAAUCUCACUGUUAAAGAAGAAAUUUCAGUUCUUGAUAAGUCUGUAAAAAAAGCUCGUGAAUUUACUAGUCAUAUUCACCGCUCUCAGCCUAGCUUUGAAGAAUUAAAAAGAUCAAUUAUGAAGCUUUUGGAACCGAUAUAUGAAGCAACUAAACUUCUUUCUUCUUCAAGCCACCCGACACUUGGGGACUUAAGAACAGUUUUUUAUGUAAUUAUAGAAGUUCUAGAUGAUUCUCAGAUUGAAGAAGAUACGAUUAAAGGUCAAGUUGCAAAAAAAAUUAGUAGAAAAAUUGAUUAUUAUUGGUAUGAAUUGCAAACAUAUUUUUACGAAGCAGUUUUUCUCGACCCAUCGACCAAAUUUACAACCUUUGAACAUACAACUAGUGUAACUAGUGAGCAGAUUUUUUCAAUUGCUAAACAUACUAUAAGUGAAACACGAAAUUGUAUAGAUGCAGAAAAAGCACGUGCAAGCCUUUGUCUUAAAACAUGGUACGAAGCAGGAAUGAUUAAUAACUGGAGUAGUGGUGGAAAUCAGUUUUCUUAA